CUUGACGCGGUUGAAUCAGCUGUUCGUCAGAAGUUAACCGAUAGGGAUUGUUGACGCUGUAUAUAAGAGCAGAAAAUCUUCGAAAUUCUUGAAAGAACUUUACAGAUAAGCAAAAGAGCAAAUAGUUUAAAUAAUUAAAUCUAAUUUAACGCAGACUUUUGAUAAAAAUUGGAAAUAUACCAGUUUCAAUUUCGUCUGCUGGAAAUCGAUUUGUUUGGACAUGGAAAAUUCCACAGAAGUGGAGACAAAGAAAGAAGUUAUGAAGAUGGUGCAUAAAUUCAAAACAACAUUCCAGAGACUUCUAAGCAGAGAAAAUCAAAAUGUUAUUGAGACAGAUUAUGAACGAAAGGAAUCAAACACUGAAAAUGAUAAAGAGACAGUGCCACAGAAGGAUUGGAUUAGUCUAUUUGAAGACCCUAAUGAGGAAGCAAAAUGCAAGCAGUUUGCUAAACACAUAGAAGAUGGUCUAAAAGAGGCAAGAGAGAAACAUCUGAAGUGUGAGAUCUUAAUUCCUUGUGGGCUAACCAUGCGUAUUGCACGUGAUAUCUUGAUAAUGUCCGAGAGUGAGCCAUGUGGAGUCAGAGGCUGUUCAUUGACUAUACAUCUGCAAGAAAAAUCAAAGUGCUCUGAGCUUGUGAAAGUUCAGUAUGACCCUAGUACAGUGUCAACAUUUGAAAUUCAUUUGACCUUGCAAGAAGACACACGACACUUUGUAAGUGUUCGGAAAAUGAUGAUGCAGCUAACUGGAUGUUUCAAGCAUUCGACUUACAGAUCUACGCCAAAAAUGUUGUGCCAAGCAUACAAGCUGGAAAAGCAGAAACUGUAUAGGGCAACUUGUUAGCUAUUUUAUUCAAUUGACUGCAACAGCUACUGCAAUUAAGGGAGCUAUGUGCCAAUAUUAUUGAAGUAAUAUAUUAAAUAUAUGUGUGUAGUUAAAUCAGUCAAACUUAGAUAAAUCUCGACUGGUACUUCCAGAAUAGAUCAUAUAUAUUGUCUCAAAAUUUCUAAGUUGUACUGAUUUAAAUACAUUCACUUGCAAUAGAGGGAAAAUUAUAUAUUUUAGAACAAAAUGUUACUAAAGUUUAUUCGUAUUUUUUACAUGUACAUAAGUUUAUGCAGCAUAUGUACAUGAAAAUUGAUUCACAUUAUAGCCCAUUAUGUGUUCAACUGUUUUCCAUUUGGAAGUUGUUAGUUACAAGAGAUUUUUCAAUAAUUAAUUUUUUUCUAGUUUUGUUAUAUGAAAAGCAAUUUCAAGACUACAGUGGGUAAAGUGCUGAUUUUCCAACAGAUGCUAAUACAAAUGGUUAAUUGGUAUAUUAUAUAUUUAUGUGAAACAUUCCAUUCAUUGUUAAUUAUCAGGUGAGACACGCAGUUCUAAAUGCCUGUUUUUUGCACCAAUCAACUUUUGUCUGACAUGCAUUGUAAUAUAAAGACAUGACAAUGGAAAUCAAAGAUAUGUUUAUUGAAAUAAUACAUAGAUUUUUACUUAAAAAGAGGACAAGUGCUGAGUGGAAAACACAACAUGUCAAUUACGAAUUAUAUGUUGACAGGGAUUGCUAUGAAUUUUAUAUUUGAACAUAAAGGGAAAUAAUCAGGGACAAAAGUUUUAUAUUUUUAGGCUGUUUAAAUAAGAAAAUGAAAAAUUAGCAAUGUAAUUUGUCAUUUUUUAGCAAAAACAAUACUUUCUGCGUCAGUGAUGUUCUGUUAAGAUGUAUUGCAAGAUUUGCUUAAUAUAUAUGCAUGUAUGUUGAUUUUAUCUAGAAUCAUUCCCAAGUGGAACACAUUCCAUGAAGUUUUACCAUGUCUUUCAAGAACAAGCAUUCACUGUGUCCAUCUAAGCUAUUUUCAUAAUUGUCAACUUGAAAUUUGUCAUUAUUUGGCUAGGAGGGGCAAGAUGUUUAAUCUGUAAAUUGCUUAUUGUUUGCCAAUUGAGUUAAAACUUCAAGGUAAUAAAACUUAAGUUGUACCAUUGGCCAGUUUCAAAAUUGUGCUCUGAUGCAACCAAUCAAAUGCUUGAGGAUUGAGACUGGUCUCCAAAUUCAGUACUGUGACUGACCAUCAUACAAGGAUGCAAACAAUUGCAAGCAUAAUUCAAGAUGUUCUGCUAAGUACCAUAACAUGAGUGAGUGGGGAAAAUAUUCUAACAAAUCAGUUUUUUAAAAGUCCUUCGUCAGCUUGGAUUGAAUUUUUUUAAAUGAAUUUCCUCACAUAACCCUCUUUGUCAUUUAAUGUGCAUUUUUAUCAGGUUUUCAUGUUUUAACCAUUUGAUCAGAUCAUCUGUUCACACAUGUUUAAUAUCGACAGAGUCAGGCUGAUUAAUGAUUGUAGUCAUUGUGAGAUUUCCCUUUUGUAUCAUCCUUGCGAUAUGUUACCUUCUAUACCUAUAUAACCGUUAUGGAUUAUUGAAAAUGACUUAUCAAGUCUUUACAUCAGCAUACCUGUGCUUAUUAGUCAUCCUUUAUGUUUCAGGAAAAAACCUCACGCAAUUUAUUUAAAAAAAGAAAGUGUGGGCAUAUGGCAUGACCGUAACCCCUUUGUCACAUGAUUCUGAGGUUUAUUAUUGCGGCUAUAUCAUCAUGAUGAUUAUAAAUCUUACAGUUAUAACCAUCAAUAUUUUCAAGUGUGAAUGUCAACCUUCCACUCCUAAAGAAACUGUGCUUUACAAUGUGCUAUAAAUAGUAAAUACUUUGUUAUAAUGUAUAAAAAAGGUAUCUACAAGAUGUCUGUACUUAUUUAACACCAAUACUAUGUUGAGCAGUGUUUUGUUUUGUUUUGCUCCUAUCACUAUUGGUUUAAGAAGUACAUCAUAGAUGUAAAUGUAGUUCAAAUAGUUUUUCAUGGUUCAGUAAAAAUAUUAAUCAUAAAGGAGUUAACCAAACUGUUGAAACGACGACUUUAGUUUGUUUUGUGCUUUUUUUUGCUUGCUUUAGUAUAAUUUUAAAAUGUGCUUUAAGGUUGAGUUAAUUUCCAUGACUAAUCCAUAAAUAAUCCUUGAAAAGGCUUCAUUGUGCUAUUGUGAUAAUGUUUCAUUUUGGUGUCACUGCUUGUUAUAAUCAGUAGUCAGCAGUAUUUUUCGUGACACAGGAUAUGCAAAAGAAUGCAUUUUUGUCUGUAAUAAAUAUAGUAGCAGUUUUAAUAGAAAAAACUACUGUUCUUUAGCUUUUUUCAUAGAUCAAAUAACUUUUAAUAGAUUCAAAUUGCAUUUUUGACAUUUUUAUGCAUUGGGCAAUUUUUUGAAAUAGGGUUGAGAUUGUAAUAGUUUGAAUUUCAUCUUUUAAGUAAUUCUUUCAAGUGUUUGAAAAAGCACUUCAUCCCAACUGUGGCUUGUUAAGAAGAUGAAGAAAAUAGGCUAUUUAUAAGUUAAGCUUCCUGUAUAUUCUACAUUUAAGUACGUGUUUAAAUUUAUAUCCAGUAAGAGUAGAGCUGGAAACAGUUAUCUGUGACAGUAGGAACGUAGACAACACUUCCUCCUCCGUCCCAUUUUUAGCUCACCUGUCACAAAGUGACAAGGUGAGCUUUUGUGAUCGCGCGGUGUCCGUCGUCCGUCCGUCAGUCCGUGCGUGCGUCCGUCCGUAAACUUUUGCUUGUGACCACUCUAGAGGUCACAUUUUUCAUGGGAUCUUUAUGAAAAUUGGUCAGAAUGUUCAUCUUGAUGAUAUCUAGGUCAAGUUCGAAACUGGGUCACGUGCGGUCAAAAACUAGGUCAGUAGGUCUAAAAAUAGAAAAACCUUGUGACCACUCUAGAGGUCACAUUUUUCAUGGGAUCUUUAUGAAAAUUGGUCAGAAUGUUCAUCUUGAUGCUACUAGGUCAAGUUCGAAACUGGGUCACGUGCGGUCAAAAACUAGGUCAGUAGGUCUAAAAAUAGAAAAACCUUGUGACCACUCUAGAGGUCACAUUUUUCAUGGGAUCUUCAUGAAAGUUAAUCAGAAUGUUCAUCUUGAUGAUAUCUAGGUCAAGUUCGAAACUGGGUCACGUGCGUCAAAAACUAGGUCAGUAGGUCUAAAAAUAGAAAAACCUUGUGACCACUCUAGAGGUCACAUUUUUCAUGGGAUCUUUAUGAAAGUUGGUCAGAAUGUUCAUCUUGAUGAUAUCUAGGUCAAGUUCGAAACUGGGUCACGUGCCUUCAAAAACUAGGUCAGUAGGUCUAAAAUAGAAAAACCUUGUGACCUCUCUAGAGGCCAUAUAUUUCACAAGAUCUUCAUGAAAAUUGGUCAGAACGUUCACCUUGAUGAUAUCUAGGUCAAGUUCGAAACUGGGUCACGUGCCAUCAAAAACUAGGUCAGUAGGUCAAAUAAUAGAAAAACCUUGUGACCUCUCUAAAGGCCAUAUUUUUCAUGGGAUCUGUAUGAAAGUUGGUCUGAAUGUUCAUCUUGAUGAUAUCUAGGUCAAGUUCGAAACUCGGUCACGUGCCUUCAAAAACUAGGUCAGUAGGUCUAAAAAUAGAAAAACCUUGUGACCUCUCUAGAGGCCAUAUAUUUCACAAGAUCUUCAUGAAAAUUGGUCAGAACAUUCACCUUGAUGAUAUCUAGGUCAAGUUCGAAACUGGGUCACGUGCCAUCAAAAACUAGGUCAGUAGGUCAAAUAAUAGAAAAACCUUGUGACCUCUCUAAAGGCCAUAUUUUUCAUGGGAUCUGUAUGAAAGUUGGUCUGAAUGUUCAUCUUGAUGAUAUCUAGGUCAAGUUCGAAACUGGGUCGCGUGCUGUCAAAAACUAGGUCAGUAGGUCUAAAAAUAGAAAAACCUUGUGACCUCUCUAGAGGCCAUAUAUUUCAUGACAUCUUCAUGAAAAUUGGUCAGAACGUUCACCUUGAUGAUAUCUAGGUCAAGUUCGAAAGUGGGUCACGUGCCAUCAAAAACUAAGUCAGUAGGUCGAAUAAUAGAAAAACCUUGUGACCUCUCUAAAGGCCAUAUUUUUCAUUGGAUCUGUAUGAAAAUUGGUCUGAAUGUUCAUCUUGAUGAUAUCUAGGUCAAGUUCGAAACAGGGUCAUGUGCGGUCAAAAACUAGGUCAGUAGGUCUAAAAAUAGAAAAACCUUGUGAUCUCUCUAGAGGCCAUACUUGUGAAUAGAUCUCCAUAAAAAUUGGUCAGAAUGUUCACCUUGAUGAUAUCUAGGUCAAGUUUGAAACUGGGUCACGUGCCAUAAAAAACUCGAAACUGGGUCAUGUGCGGUCAAAAACUAGGCCAGUAGGUAUAAAAAUAGAAAAACCUUGUGACCUCUCUAGAGGCCAUAUUUUUCAUGAGAUCUUCAUGAAAAUUAGUGAGAAUGUUCACCUUGAUGAUAUCUAGGUAAAGUUAAAAACAGGGUCACGUACCUUCGAAAACUAGGUCAAUAGGUCAAAUAAUAGAAAAACCUAGAGACCAUAUUUUUCAAUGGAUCUUCAUGAAAAUUGGUCAGAAUUUUUAUCUUGAUAAUAUCUAGGUCAAGUUCAAAACUGGGUCACAUGAGCUCAAAAACUAGGUCACUAUAUCAAAUAAUAGAAAAAACAACGUCAUACUCAAAACUGGGUCAUGUGGGAAGAGGUGAGCGAUUCAGGACCAUCAUGGUCCUCUUGUUGUAAGGAAGUUGUCAGUUGCUGCGUAGAAGUGAUUGAAACUUGAAAGUGUAUUAUAGAAAUGACAUCAUUUCUAUCUCUGUCUGAGAAUAAUUUGAUUUUGCAUUUUAGACAAAUUAACCUUUUUAUACCAUUACAUAGACACAUAAAUUAUACAAUGUAGUAGAUAAUUUUUCUAGCAAAAUGUUGUCUUGGUGAUUUAGAUGUUACAUGUACAGACCAGGUAAUGAACUAAAAUUAGUAUGUUUUAGUAUUUCACUAUUAUUGAGUAUUUAUUGAGAUUAUAUCACUAGUCAAGAGAAACUAAAAUCUCCUCAGACAUGACUAUUUCUGUGCUAAGAUGUGGCCAUUGGUAUAAUGGUGAAGAGGCAAGUAAGGCUAUUUUUGUUUUUUUUUGUCGUGAUUUGGGCAUUAUGGUUACUUGCCAUUAUGUAGAUUGUAGGCCAAAUGCUGUUUAGCAAAAGUCAUCUUUGCCAGUUACCGUUAUCGUGUAACUCGGACAUGGCUGUAAACGAGAAUACAGUGAAACCUGUAUAUGAAGACCAUGACACUAGCUGUUUCUCUAGCCAUGUGAUUUCAGCACAGGUUGAACUGUAAUUGUUUAAAACACUUGCAUAAGGUGUUCAGUUAAUGGGUAUCUACUUGAUGUCUUUCAUUUGUGUGACUGAACAAACUUUGUAAAACUGAAACCUUAAAACAGUUAAAGUGUGAAAUUGUGCUUCGGAUCAGUUAAACUGACCAAGAAUUGUAACUUGCCUAGUUCUUGUCUUUAUUUAGUUAGUUUUAGAAAAUUUUAUGUUUCCAUAGCAAUAGCUUCAAUUUUUAUGUUUCAAAUGUGAACUUAUCAUUUGUACAUACAAAUUUAUCACCAUAGGUGGUGUAUUUUUUGGUUGUAUGUUGUAUUUUCUUAGGUUUAGCAGUUUGUGAUACAGAAAUACCACCAAUAAAAAUUUUACAAUUA